UAGGCGGAGACUGGCGUAAAAGUAAAUGUUAGCCAAUGAACAAGCGUCUGAGCGCUUCAUCGGCCAAUCAAAAGCUUGAUGCCUGGCCGAGUAUGUUUCAGGGUGGCGUUGGGAGCCUCAUUUUCUUGAGCGGAGAAUACCGUGUUGUCAUUCAAGAUGCAGUUCAUGCUUCUAUUCAGUCGACAAGGCAAGCUCAGGCUUCAGAAAUGGUACGUGCCUUUAUCUGAUAAAGAGAAAAAGAAGAUCACCAGAGAGUUGGUGCAGACGGUCCUGGCUCGAAAGCCCAAAAUGUGCAGCUUUCUGGAGUGGAGAGACCUCAAGAUUGUAUAUAAGAGAUAUGCCAGCCUGUACUUCUGCUGUGCCAUAGAGGACCAGGACAACGAGCUCAUCACACUGGAGAUCAUCCACAGAUAUGUGGAGCUGCUGGACAAAUACUUUGGCAGUGUUUGUGAGCUGGACAUUAUUUUCAACUUUGAGAAGGCUUACUUCAUUCUGGAUGAAUUCUUGCUGGGUGGGGAAGCUCAGGAAACGUCCAAAAAGAAUGUAUUGAAGGCCAUUGAGCAGGCUGACUUGCUACAGGAGGAAGCAGAGACUCCGCGCAGCGUACUGGAGGAAAUUGGACUGACAUAAACAUGGUCCUCCUCAUCAUCCUUUUGCCACACACUGCUUCAUCGGCCUGCUACUGUGCUAUAUGUAGCUGAUAACUCCAAAUCACUUUUGGGCACACCUCACAAUCACACACACAGUGUUCCCAGCUCUGCCUUUGUUUUCUACUUCUUUUUUUUUUCUGAGACAAACAAUGUAGCACUGUUUGGGUAUUUCCCACCGAGUUAUUUAUUUGUUCAGUGUGAACUGUUACCAAGGAAAAUGCAGAGUAAUUAAGGAUUUAAUUUUUUCCACACCAAGAUGCUGUACUAAGUGAACUGCUUUAUUUCGAUUUGACCAAAGCUGAUGUGAUCACUCUGUUCUGUGAAGUAUAUUUAAUGAUUGUGACUACUACUGAAUUUUAAAUGUGUCAGAUUUAUAGAAUAGAAUCUAUUGUAAAGGGAAGUCAAAAGUAUUACAUUACCAGAACCAAAGAGUUAUGUUUCAUCUCUCCUUGCGUUGUGAUUAUCAUGAACUCAAACUGUAUGGUGUAUUGGUUUCUAAUGGCAGGACCCCACUUAGUAUUGAAUGCCUUAUUCGCUGGCAGAUGUCCACUCCCCUAAAAUGAAAGAAUCUUUUUGCUGCUUUAUAAUUCAAUUCCAUUUGCAUGCUGCUGCAAUGUAACGAACAAAUACUGAGUUUAUUUUAUUAAUGCAUGCGUGCCAGAGCUAAAUUAACUCUUCCUUUUCUUCAUGGUUACUACUGUGCUUCUUUUUCUAGUUUUUGAGUUUUUUUGGCUGACAGACACACAGCCCUGAAAAUGUAUCGCAUUAUAAUGUUAUGGAUAACAUGUUGGCAAAAAAUGGCAUGCUAAUGCAUCCAUCAGACAUGAAGCAGUCCCCUCCAGGAUCGUGUUUCCGACCACCUGUGGAAGUGCACCAUUCCCUCUUGUUUAGUUUGAUAUCCAUCAACUUCUGAGAAAAUAAUCUGGAGCUUUACCUGCUAAGUAUUAAGAUUUUCUCCCCAGCUACUCUCCAAUUUUGCUGUUUGAUGCUGCUGAAAACUGCAAUGAUGAGAAUGGCUAGACUCAAAGAUUCAAGAAAUGAGUGGGUGUUAAAACAAGAGGUUAAAAUAGCUCAGUAGAACUACAGAGUGUUGGGAUCUCUGCAGUUUCCUCACUACAAGCCACUCCUUUCACAUUAUACAUCUUUUGAAUCUUUUGAAGGUGGUUAAAAUGACACCAUACUAUAUCAAUCAGUUUCCCUCUCUGUCUAUACUCUGUAGUAAACAGUGUUGAUAUUUAGCAACAGACUUGUGCUAAUCAUACAGUACAGACCUCUGACCAGCAUGACAAUUUAAAGCUGAGUGUUUGGUGUUACGAAAACUCAGUCUACUCCUUUUAAAGCAUAAGUCUACCCCCACAUUAGUAGUGAUUUUUAAACAAAGCAGCUUCUGACAGCCACAUGACAUACUGUACAGCAUGUAAACUACCUAUUUACUACUGUGACUCCGAAAGCAACUGUGCAUAAAAUAGCAAUAGUGUCACAAACUGUAAGAGUAUUAAGAUGUUAUUUCUUUUUUAUGACCCAAGACUAAAAGUAGCUUCAAGCCACUUAAAAAAAAGGAAAAAACUUAACACACACAAAAUGCCUUUUGAACACUUAAUAUAAAAUGGCAUUUUCUGUAUUUUAUGUUAAUGUUGCACAGUAUGUACAUUUUUUAAGAAGCUAGUAUUGUUUAAACCAAAACUGUUUAAUAUAACCUUUUUUUGUUUUUCAUUUUGCAACAUCUUCUAUAUCUCACUUGUUUGAUGUUGAAAUCUCUUCCCAUUAUCACUUUUAUAUAAUGUCAAAUAAGUAUUUUCAAUUUAUUCAGUAUGAACUACAGAAGUGUGGCAGAAUCUAUGUGACUCUGUGUGUUGGUGAGUACAUAUAGGUACAAUAGUUGUAGCAUGAGUGCAACCUGUGUAUUACAUUACUGGAUUUGUGUUUAUUUACAUACAUUGUAUAGUUUAUUGUUAUAGUGUUUAAAAUGGAUACAAGGGGGAAGGUUGUUUUCCUGUCAAGUUCAGCAAUAAAGAGUACUCCAGCAGCCAAGGGGCUGUAAAGUCACA